UGGCUGUUAUCACAGCCGUUAUCAGAGACUAUUGUUUGGUAUUUACAAAUCCGACGUUCUGAACACAAUAUUUUGCUUUACAAUUGAGUUUCUUGCUUGACGGUUUUUGUUUACAAUCUCACAUACAUUGUUACCCUUUUUUUUUUGUGUCGUUGGACCCGGAGUAGCAUUUGCCGAGUGAAUAGCUGCUGUAACCGAAGACGCCGAACAUUACAUGAACUGAUAAAGAAAACAGACUGGGAUAUAAUUGUAAUGUUGUAAUGACUUCUUCCUUAUUUUGAAAUAGCUAUGUCUACAUCAGUAAAAUCAUCUUAUUUUGUCAGUGGUUGUUAGACUUUGAGCUUAUUCUCUGAGUAAUCUCCCAGCAUUCCCAAUGAAAAGUAUAGCUGAUGGUGAAUCAGAAAAUUUACGACAAUUAAAUACAACUUGGGGUAAUAGUAGAGGUGAACAACAAACUGAAUUGAGUUCAGAAGCACGGAACGCAGUACGAAGAACAUUAUUUGUUGAUACGCCUACUACUACUACAGUAGAAAGCAAUGAUAACGUUUUAACAGAAAGUAACAACGAACAAAAUAAUAAGUGGCUCUCAUAUGUAUUAGAAAGAUUGACUGACGAUCCUAAAAAUAUGCCUGGCAAUAGUCAAACACCUCCUGCCAAAGACGUAAAAGAUAAGGAGCCAGAAGUGCAAACAGCAAGUGAAGCCGAAUCCAGAAUUAAAGAUGUCUGGGCUCAUAAUUUGGAAGAAGAAUUUUCAGCGAUUCGAAAGUUGUUACCAAAAUAUUGUUAUGUGGCCAUGGAUACAGAAUUUCCAGGAGUUGUAGCUCGGCCAAUUGGUGAUUUUAAGACAACCGCAGAUUAUCUGUAUCAGCUGUUACGUUGCAACGUUGAUCUAUUAAGGAUCAUUCAAUUGGGACUUUCAUUUUUUGAUGAAGAUGGCAAAACCCCUACUGGUCCGUACACAACAUGGCAAUUCAACUUCCAGUUUAAUUUGUCAGAGGAUAUGUAUGCUCAGGAUAGCAUAGAACUAUUGACAAAUUCUAGAAUACAAUUCAAGAAGCACGAAGAGAACGGAAUCGAACCAUUGUAUUUUGCUGAAUGUAUGAUCACAUCAGGAUUAGUGUUAAUGGAUAAUAUCAAAUGGAUGACAUUCCAUAGUAGUUUUGAUUUUGGCUACCUUGUCAAAGUUUUAACGGAUGAAAGAUUGCCACCAGAGGAAAAUGAUUUUUUUGACAUGUAUUCUCUAUAUUUUCCUUGUGUGUACGACAUCAAAUAUUUAAUGAAGAGCUGCAAGAACUUGAAGGGUGGUCUACAAGAGGUAGCUGACCAAUUGGAGCUUAGGCGAAUUGGACCACAACAUCAAGCUGGUAGUGAUUCUUUACUAACGGGCAUGGCUUUUUUUAAAAUAAGAGACAUGUAUUUUGAAGGUAUGAUUGACAAUAAGAAGUAUUGUGGUCAUUUGUAUGGCUUGGGUAUUACUACUUUGAAUAAUGGCCAAAUCCGUUAUGACAAUAAUGAAGGGGCAUCAAAUUGAUAAUACCAAAAAUAUAUUCUUAUUUUUCUAAAAUUGUAAUGACCAUAAUUUUUUAUUGUUAGCUAAUGAAUGGCAUACUACACUAUACAUUUUCAUUUUAAAGAUAUAUAUACAUUUUUUUUUUAAAUA